AUGUCAUUCAGAUUCGAAGGUCAUAGUCACCCAGGAGGAUUAGGAAAACCAGGAGGUUUUGCCUAUGGAGCAGGAGCUGGAGGUUCACCAAGACCAGCCCCAAAAUCAGGAGGAGGCCAAGGCAGCAACCCAUUCGGAGGUUAA